GCACUCUUUUCUGUCAUAUUUCCCGCGCUUUGCUAAAAGGCACCGCGCUUCUUCGUAUUGUUGUGUCAGUUAUCGUGUUAUUGAUUGUAAUAUAUUAAACAAGUUAUAACUAAAACAAAAUAAACUUACAAAAAUGUCAAGUCCCGCUCGUUCACCAAGUGUCGGCACUGGUGCCGGUGCAGCACGCACUCCAACGCGAGGCAUCGAAGGACAAGAUGUGGAAACUCCUAUGCGUAUGGGCCCCGGUCGGGUUGGUGCUCGACCCUCGGAUAACAUUAGUUUGCCUCCGACAUCACCGGGCAAUGUUAGUUUACCCGCAACAAGUCCGGCGCGAGGUUUGGGAGCCAUAAGUGAAAUCGAUCUAAGCUCUCCAUUGAAUUAUGGUACACCCAGCUCAAUGGGUUCCAUUCGCACACCACGCUCCGGAAUUCGCGGUACUCCCUUACGAGCGCGUCCCGAUAUACGAACGGACAAACGCAUUCGACAGGUAGCCAUUGGAGGCGCCUCUGGUCUGGAACCCAUAGCCGAGAAAGGUUCGGAGGCUACAGAUCCCAUCUCAGAAUCAUCUGCAGCUCCUCAGCUUGUUGUCUGGGGCACCAAUGUUGUUGUGAGCCAAUGCAAAGCCAAGUUUAAAUCAUUUAUUAUGCGUUUCAUUGACCCAAGUGCUGAGCAGGAUGAAAUUUCUGAAAAUAUUGACGUCAAUCAACCGCUGUAUCUACAAAAAUUAGAGGAGAUUCAUACUUUGGAAGAACCAUACUUAAAUCUUAACUGUGCCCACUUGAAAACAUUUGAUCAGGAUUUGUAUCGACAACUUAUAACUUACCCUCAAGAAGUAAUUCCAGGACUUGAUAUGACCGUUAAUGAGAUGUUUUUUCAACGGUAUCCGGCUGCCGUGCUCGAGCAUCAAAUUCAAGUGCGCCCGUUUAAUGCAGACAAAACACGUAACAUGCGUUCCCUUAAUCCGGAAGAUAUGGAUCAGUUGAUCAGUAUAAGUGGCAUGGUUAUACGCUCUUCUAAUGUUAUACCGGAAAUGCGGGAGGCAUUCUUUACAUGCAACAUCUGUUCGUUUUGCACUACCGUUGAAGUCGAUCGCGGUCGUAUUUCACAACCUACGUUGUGCACCAACUGCAACACCAAUCACUGCUUCCGACUUAUACACAAUCGCUCAGAGUUCACUGACAAACAGCUAAUUAAGUUACAGGAGUCACCGGAUGAUAUGGCGGCUGGCCAAACUCCUCACAAUGUUUUAUUGUAUGCACACAAUGAUCUUGUGGAUAAGGUGCAACCAGGAGACCGUGUUACUGUGACGGGCAUAUAUCGCGCUACUCCCCUUAAAGGCAAAGGAACAAAUGUCAAAAGUGUAUACAAGACGCACAUUGAUGUUGUGCAUUUCCGAAAAGUUGAUAACAAACGUUUAUACGAAGAGGAGGAGGGAAAAGACCACAUUUUCCCACCGGAGCGUAUUGAGCUCCUACAGUUGCUGUCGAAAAAGCCCGACAUCUACGAUCGCUUAGCACGUGCCAUCGCUCCAUCUAUCUAUGAAAACGAUGACAUCAAGAAAGGUAUUUUGUUGCAGUUAUUUGGCGGCACUAAAAAGAAACACGCAACCUUGGGUCGACAGAACUUCAGGUCGGAAAUUCACUUGUUGCUUUGUGGAGAUCCAGGCACUUCGAAAUCUCAGAUGCUGCAGUACGUUUUCAACUUGGUACCACGAUCCCAGUAUACCUCAGGUCGAGGUUCCUCAGCAGUAGGUUUGACUGCCUACGUUACCAAAGAUCCAGAGACACGGCAAUUGGUUCUACAAACUGGCGCUCUUGUUUUGGCUGACAACGGUGUAUGCUGCAUCGAUGAAUUUGAUAAAAUGAACGACUCCACGCGCAGUGUUUUGCAUGAAGUAAUGGAACAACAGACCUUAAGUAUUGCCAAGGCCGGUAUCAUUUGCCAGCUGAACGCUCGCACCUCCAUUCUAGCGGCAGCAAACCCCGCAGAAUCGCAAUGGAACAAACGCAAAAACAUAAUUGAUAACGUGCAGUUGCCCCAUACGUUGUUGUCACGUUUUGACUUGAUUUUCUUGGUUCUGGAUCCACAGGAUGAGAUUUUUGACAAGCGCCUAGCGAGUCAUUUAGUUUCAUUAUACUAUGUAACACGUCAUGAAGAGGAGGACACUAUGUUUGAUAUGAGUGUUCUUCGCGACUACAUUGCAUAUGCACGUGAGCACCUGUCACCCACAUUGUCAGAUGAAGCACAACAGCGUUUAAUUCAAGCCUAUGUUGACAUGCGAAAGGUGGGCGCUGGCCGUGGACAAAUUUCAGCCUAUCCUCGACAGUUAGAAAGUCUAAUACGGCUUUCAGAGGCUCAUGCAAAAGUGCGACUUAGCAACACUGUCGAGCUAAAAGACGUUGAAGAGGCUUGGCGCUUACACCGCGAAGCUUUAAAGCAAUCUGCUACAGAUCCUCUGUCAGGCAAGAUCGAUGUUGGUAUCUUGACCACCGGUUUGUCGACGGCAGCUCGCAAGAAACGCGCCGACCUGGUAGCCGCCAUUAAGGAAAAUCUCAAAAAGAAAGGGAAGGUGCCCACGGUGCCGUACCAGAAACUGUUCAAGGAGAUAAAGGAUGCCUCACAAAUACUUAUUACCCGCGAGCAGUUCGAAGAUGCCCUGAAGGAAGUACAAGACGAAGGAGCUAUUGUUGUGAUGGGCAAAAAUACCAUUCGAAUUUGUUAAAUUUAUUACAUUUUCAUAAUUUUUUCUUAAUUUAAUUCAAUACUGUGUUUUUAAUAAAGUAAUUUUUCCAAUACAGUAA